CGUUCUCAUUACACCUCAGUGUCUCGAACACGGCAACUAGCGGGCUGUAUGGCUCAUUGAGCUACAUUCGUUGCCAGUGGUAGCGGCACAGACCGUUUCUAAACCUGUGCUGUCUUCUACUACUUUUGUACACGAUACUGACCCCCUAGUGCACUUUAACAACACUACCAUGGACAUUCCGUCUGCAUCUACGUGAACCGCGAUAGAGGGCUAGUAAGCAAGCAAGCAAAGCUAACUUUUUGCCUGAUUUAAAAACAACAUCCUCUUGAUGCGUAAUUGCAUUAUUAAUACAAAAAAAUGGUUUAGACGAUUAUAAACUAUAGUCAUGAAUCUUCGGGGAUUCUUCCAAGAUUUCAAUCCCAGUAAGUUCCUCAUCUAUGCCUGCCUGCUACUGUUUUCGGUUCUGCUGUCGCUGCGUCUGGAUGGCAUCAUCCAAUGGAGUUAUUGGGCUGUCUUUGCCCCCAUAUGGCUAUGGAAGCUCACGGUCAUCAUCGGUGCCUCAGUGGGCACAGGCGUCUGGGCCCACAACCCACAGUACAGGGCUGAGGGUGAAACCUGUGUGGAGUUCAAGGCCAUGCUGAUUGCUGUUGGGAUCCACCUGCUCCUACUCACCUUUGAGGUGCUGGUGUGUGACCGUGUGGAGAGGGGCACUCACUUCUGGCUGCUGGUCUUCAUGCCCCUCUUCUUUGUCUCACCUGUCUCUGUUGCAGCCUGUGUGUGGGGCUUCCGGCAUGAUCGCUCUCUAGAGUUGGAGAUCUUGUGCUCAGUCAAUAUUCUUCAGUUUAUCUUCAUUGCCCUGCGACUAGAUAAAAUCAUCAGUUGGCCUUGGCUGGUUGUCUGUGUGCCACUGUGGAUUGUCAUGUCCUUCCUGUGCCUUGUGGUACUCUACUACAUUGUGUGGUCAGUGCUCUUUCUGCGGUCUAUGGACCUCAUUGCAGAGCAACGGCGUACUCACAUCACCAUGGCGAUCAGCUGGAUGACAAUCGUUGUACCCUUGCUAACUUUUGAGAUCCUGUUGGUCCAUAAAUUGGAUGGCCACUACGGCUCCAGCUAUGUGUCAGUAUUCGUGCCUCUCUGGCUAUCCCUGGUGACUCUGAUGGCCACGACCUUCGGCCAGAAAGGAGGCAACCACUGGUGGUUUGGCAUCCGAAAAGACUUCUGCCAGUUUCUUCUUGAGCUCUUUCCCUUCCUGCGGGAGUAUGGGAACGUUUCCUAUGACCUGCACCACGAGGACGCUGAGGUGUCCGUGGAGAUGCCUGCACAUGACCAGCCAAAAAUAGCUCCCAUGUUCCGCAAAAAGACUGGUGUGGUGAUCACACAGAGCCCAGGGAAGUACUUUGUGCCUCCUCCAAAACUGUGCAUUGACAUGCCUGACUAAAUUAAAGCUUUGCAACAACUGCUCUAGAGUUUUGAUGGACUUCACAUGCACCAGACAGCUGUGGUGCAUUGACCACCCAUUUUAAGAAGAGGCAGGUGAGCAUAGUUUCCAUGUGGCUCACUCCUAGUGAGCAGUGGGACUGGAAUUUGGACCUGACUUUUUAGCAAAAACGAAAAACCAUGGCAGAGUUUGUGGAACAAAGAGUACGGUAACACUUUAUUUGGAUAGUCAAUCUGUAGAUGCUGUACACACUAUCAGUAACAUUUCAACUAUGUCCUAACCUUAACCCUAGCCCUUAUUCUAACCUUAACCCUAGCCCUUAUUCUAACCUUAACCCUAGCCCUUAUUCUAACCUUAACCCUAGCCCUUAUUCUA